AUGAAAAGUGUGAUCCCGAUCCGCUACCUUCUGGCGGUGUUGAACUCCCUCGGGCACGCCAUCAUCUACGGACUCAAGGUGAACCUGAGCGUGACCAUCGUGGCGAUGGUAAAUCAUACGGCCGUGACCCAAGCGACGGCCAAAGCGAAUCCCAACGCGACCGAAUGCGGCCAUGUCGACAACGUCACCGUCGAGACUUCCCCCGACGUGCGUCGACGAACGGCUUUCAUCAGGGACUCUUACCUCGAUGGGCCUUUCGAGUGGGACUCGCACGUUCAAGGCUACAUUUUGGGAGCCUAUUUCUGGGGCUACAUCGUCACGCAGAUACCGGGAGGACGACUGUCGGAGACGUUCAGUGCCAAGCACCUCUUCGGACUCGGAGUGAUGCUGAAUGUGGUGGGCACAGUGCUUUCACCAGUUGCCUCCAAAAGCGGCUAUCCAUGGCUCAUUCUGCUUCGAAUCAUCAAAGGAUUUGGAGGGGGCGUGACAGUGCCAGCCACCCAUGUUCUCUUGGCACAUUGGUCUCCACCCGUCGAAAGAUCCACUCUCGCCUCUAUCGUCUACUCUGGGAUGUCGCUGGGAACGGUGCUGUCCCUGACGCUCUCGGGAGUGAUUGCGUCCGAACUGGGCUGGGAAUCCGUGUUCUACAUUCAGGGAGGCUUGGGAGCUGUCUGGUACGCCUUGUGGCUGCUGCUUGUCACCGAUCACCCACAGGCUCACCUAUUCAUUUCCUACUACGAGAAGGAAUACAUCCGAAAGUCCCUAGGGAAAGACACUGUUGGCACUAGCACUGAGAAGCGGAGACUCCCGGUGCCUUGGAGAAGCGUGUUCACAUCCAUGCCGUUCUACGCCAUCCUCGUGGCCCAGGUGUGCAGCAGCUGGGGCUGGUACAUGCUCCUCGUGGAACUUCCCACUUUCAUGAAGCAGAUCUUCGGCUUCAAUAUCAAAUCGAAUUCUCUCCUCUCGGCUCUUCCGUACCUCAUCGUGUGGUUGAGCACCAUUGCCUUUGGGUACCUGGUUGCAUCCCUGAGAGACCGACGGAUCGUGUCCGCGACUGUCUUGCAGAAAAUUGCCACUGGUCUCGCAUCCCUGGGGCCAGCGAUCUGUCUGGCACUGGUGACGUACACCGGGUGCAACCGCGCGGCGGCGGUGGCCCUCCUCGCCGUCGGCGUCGGGUGCAACGCCGGGUCGCCCAGCGGCUUCGUCUCCAAUCACAUCGACAUUGCGCCCAAUUUCGCGGGGACGCUGAUGGCCCUGACGAACACGGUGGCCACUAUACCCGGAAUCGCAGUGCCCAUGGUCGUCGGAGCCAUGAUACACGGAGACACGUCGGUGUACCCGUGGCGAACCGCCUUCUUCAUCGCGUCCGGUAUUUACUCGUUCGAAUUCCUCUUCUACACCGCGUUCAGCACGGCAGAGGAACAACCGUGGAACAGAGCGAAGGGAUCGCAGGACCCAGACAGUACGAUCAAACUCUAAACGGGCGGUUCCCCGCCCGAAACGGAAUACGCGUUUUCUAUGUAGAACCUGAGUGUCCGUUUCGUCGCGGUCGUAGUCGAGUUGCAGUCGUCGCCUCUAACCACGGAUCUCCGACAUCUUUCGACGGAAGAGAGCACGAACUGCAAACGCUCGAAAAGGAAUCUGUCGAAACUGGAAACCGAUUAAAGGAAGCCGAGUAGAAAACGGACGGUGUCUUCCUCUUCCUCUCUCUUCCUUCGGGCAAGUUUUCUCUGGCUCGACACCUCGAUUGGGAGCGCUGAUAUGAUAACGGAAAUCCAAAUGUGUGAAAUUUGAUAGAUUCGUGCUACCUCUUCAGAGCAGU